UCUGACUCUACCGAGAUGAGCGCCGGGGAUCCCGCCGGCGAUGCGGGGCCCAGCUCCCGCGGCGGCGCCAGAGGCGGGGCAGCCGCGCGUCCUCGGCGGUUCCCGACGGCGGCGCAGCCGGAGGUCAUGCGCGCGGCGGAGAAGGACGACAGCUAUGCCGCCCACGUCACCGAGGCUUGCCGCGACGCCUUCCGCCACCUCUUCGGUACCAGGGUUGCCGUUGCUUACCAGAACGAGAUAAAACUUCUUGGCCAGUCCCUUUAUUACUUGCUGACAACAGGCUCAGGCCAGCAAACACUUGGAGAAGAAUAUUGUGAUAUAUCUCAGGUUGCAACUUCACAUGGACUUCCGCCCACACCUGCUAGGCGGAUGCUUUUCAUUUUGUACCAAACUACCGUGCCCUAUCUUGCUGAAAGAAUCAGUUCGAGAAUUGUCUCCCGUGGUAUUUACCUCGAUGACUCUCAGCUUGAUUAUCAUCAUGAAAGUGAUAGCUCUAGUAGAGGCAUUGCACAAUCGUCUACAAACACAGAUGACUCUUCAGCAAGCUUGAGUUUUUCCACCCUUUCAAGGUUGAGAAGCAGAGCUCAUGACUUUGGGCUCUGGAUAGUUCAGAAAUGGCCUUCGAUGCUGCCGCUUGGUCAAGAUUUUAUACAGUUGGCUAUCCGGACAAACCUGAUGUUCUUCUAUUUUGAAGGGUUAUAUUAUCAUUUAUCGAAGCGGGGAGCUGGCAUUCAUUAUGUAUUCAUUGGUAAGCCAAUGAAUCAGAGACCUAGGUAUCAAAUAUUGGGCAUCUUCUUGCUGAUUCAGUUGUGUAUUCUUGGUGCUGAGAGGCUCCGAAGAAGUAACUUGUCAUCAAUAGCUAGUUCCAUUAAUCAAAUUUCAUCAGGAAGCUAUCCUUUGUCUACUGGUCGGACUGUCCCUGUUCUAAAUGAAGAUGGAAAUAUCAUCAGUGACAUCCGCCAUGGUAAAGCUGUAGAUAUGGCUUCUGGUUCAGAGGCGUCCAGUAGCAAGAGCAAAUGCACACUCUGUCUGAGCACCCGCCAGAACCCUACUGCCACAACCUGUGGCCAUGUAUUCUGCUGGAACUGCAUAAUGGAGUGGUGCAACGAGAAGCCGGAGUGCCCCCUAUGCAGAACCCCUAUUACCCAUUCAAGUUUAAUUUGCAUAUACCAUUCGGAUUUCUAGCACAUCGUUACUCGCGGUAGCAAGGGAUCUUGUGGUCCCCCACAGGCUCCAUGCCUUCAUCAAGGCGGAGAUACAUUUAUUUAUGCCAAAAGAAGAACGGGUAGAAGCCUGUCCGCUGAAGUUGAAAAACAGCCGGGCUGUAGAGAUCAUCAAUAGCGCCAAUGACCCAUCUGGAAAACAAACAAAAGGAGAAGUUGUAGUGCCAACAGAUACCCUUGUACAAGUACCAUUGUUGUCAGACACAAGUGAAUUUUGUAGGGUAGAAUAAGGAAUGACUAGGAUCCUAGUAGAGCAAUUGAGCAAUCGGAUGCUAUGUUUUGUUCUCUGUACACCUUCUCAGGCUGUAUCUCUUGUAUCCCCAUGUAUACUGAUAUGCUUGUACCCCCAUGUAAUCCUGCCACAUCUGAAUUGAACACUUACAUGGCAAUCUGA